AUGUGUGACGUGGAGCUGGUGAAGAAGAUGCUGCGUGCCGUGCUGCAGAGCAGUAAGAACGGCGUGGUGCUGUCACGGGUGCAGGCGGAUUACCAUGCUCUAACCGGAGACUUCAUCCCUCACAAACAGCUUGGCUACAGGAACCUGGAGAACUUCCUCAGGAGCAUUCCUGACGUGGUGCAGCUCCGACAUUCCCACACUGGAGAGACAAUGUGCUUUGCGGCUGUGUGUAAGGAAACGGCCCACAUCGCUCACCUAGUUGCUCGACAGAAGAACCCCAAGAAGAACUUGGGUCGCUCUCAGCCGCUGAACUGUUGCAUGAGGACAAAGUCUUCCUCUCUGUUUUCACACAGCGCUAAUCCUCAUUCGUCCCUGAGGCAGCCUAGUCACAUGACCUCCUAUAGCUGCCGGACACGGUUGUCAGGCUUGCACAUCGGCCCACGAGAUGACCAGCGACAGGUGAAUAGUACCAAUCCAGGCUCUGCCCACCAGGGCAAAAAGCCCACAAGGUCAGUGAUCCUACAGGAUGCGACCCCUCGUCUGUCCAACGAGAACCAAAACGCAGAGGGCGACGUGGAGCUGUUUCAGGGCCGUUUAAAGCAGCUCCUGCAGAAGUACAGCAGCGGUGUGUGGCUCUCUAAACUGCCUCAGCUCUACAAAGCCAUGUUCAAUCAGGAGCUUCCAUCGUACACACACACACUGCUGGAGAACUGGACACACGUCUGCACUGUGGAGAAGCUGGGUGGUGGUAACGUUGCAAGGCGUCUGGUUUACCCUGCUAAAGACCUGUCUCCAAAACUCCACACUCCUCCUUCAUCUGCCCUGCUGAAAUCUGUCCAAAUCCCCAGCACUGUCCCACAAUCCCCAACAUCUCCGACUCUGAAGCCCCCCAUGAGGCUGCUCAGCACGGAGUCUUUGACCCACUCCCUGCCAACCCCUCCCGCCACGCCCACUAUCCUGUUGUUCCAGGAUGUGAAAGAUAAAGUGCGGGAGCUGCUGAAUAAAUACAGCCAUGGUCUGUGGGCUCACGCUUUGCCCCGCCUCUUUCAGGAAGUCUUCAGGUAUGAUUUCCCACAUUCGCUGCUGGACGAUCUCUCUCCUCUGGCUGAUAUGUGCAUGAUCGAAUAUCCGAUGCCGCAGAAUCGCAACAAAGCCAUUUUAUAUGCCCUGCCCACUGUAAGCAUGCUGUCAAAGCCUCACCCAGAACCCAGAUCACACAUCAUCACACACUACGGCAACCCAGUGGUGCCACAGCUGCCUCUGCCCAAAGAGGAGUUCCCGUCCAUGCUGGUGAUGGAGACCAACAGCACCAACAACGUCCUAUUCAGGUAUGUGGGUGAGGAAUAUUCUCAGGCUCUUGAGAAGAUGGAGGAGGCCAUGUUGGAGUUUUACCACAGCACAGGGGCGGGGCUUACACUUGCCUGUCCUACGAUUGGUCAGCUGGUGGCAGUUGCCUUGGAUGACGAGACUGUACUCCGAGCUCAGGUGCACCAGAUCACAGGGAAUGAUGUGAAGGUGUACUGUGUGGAUCACGGUUUCUCUGAGGUGGUGAAGCGCGAAAAGUUGCUGCAGCUCACCGAUUGGAUCCUCACACUGCCGUUCCAGGCCACUAGCUGCCAGCUCGCAGGUCUGGAGCUUUUCAGUGAAGACGUGGUGGUGCUGAAGACUCUGGAGUUGUUAGCACAUGGCAGAACAUUAUUGGCUGAGCUGGUGAAGCGAGAGACUCCGCCCCUCAUGGUGUUGUACGACACUUCAGGCGAGAUGGACAUCAACUUAAACGCCGAAUGCCUCCGUGCACUGCAGGACAAAACCAUGCAGAAUCCACUGCAGGUGAACAGCUCGUACACAAACGUGUGUGUGACGAACGUGGGGUCUGAUGGCAGCGUGUUCUGCCAGCUUCCAUCACGAGGCCUCUCCAAGCUCCAAGGCAUCAUGGACAAGAUCGAGUCAUACUUCCUGUCUCAGGUUCAAUGGGAUCACUUGGUGACUCAGCCGUUCUGUGGUAAAGUGUGUUUGGCGCGACACAAAGGGAAAUGGGCCCGAGUGGAGAUCACUAACCUGCACGGCAGCCGUGUUCUAGAUAUAGAGUUUGUGGAUUUAGGAUUUCCUGCUUCUCUGGAGCUCAGUGAGCUGAGAGAGAUUCCAGCAGUGUUCAUCAGAGAAGUCCUCACCAUCCCAACACAGGCCGUUAAGUGCCGUUUAGCCGAAGUGGAACAAAAUGAAGAUGUUUGGUCUCCUGAUAUUGUCCUGUGGCUAAGAGAGACGCUAAUCAAUGCUCCUGAGUGCACAAUGGAGAUAUCCUGUCUGGACUCAGCAGGUCAGGUCCAGGUUUACCUGUUCCUUGGCUCUGAUGCUCAAGAUCAUACAUCCAGCAUUAACCUGCAGCUCCCUUUAUCCUCUUCUGCGGUUUGCGUCCCCGUCCCCACGGUUCCAGCCUCGAGUUCCAGCCCCCCCAUCAUGCCUCCAGCGCUGGAGCUGCCUGAGGAAGGGCAGACUGUGGAUGUGUUCGUGUCGGUGGCGUGUCACCCGGGUCACUUCGUGCUGCAGCCAUGGCAGGAGUUGUACAAGCUGGUGGUGCUGAUGGGGGAGAUGAUCCUCUACUACAACCGACAGGAGGCCACGCCCAUCACUGCUGAAAAGAACAACAUCUACGCCGCCAAGAUCGACAGCAAUUGGCAUCGUGUCUUGGUGAAGGGCGUGCUGUCCAACUCUCUGGUCUCUGUGUACGAGCUCGAUUAUGGGAAGCACGAGCUUGUGCACAUCGCUCAGUUCCGCCCCCUCAUUAACGAAUUCAGACAGCUGCCCUUCCAGGGCAUCCCCGCCCAGCUCGCAGGAGUGCAGCACGGUGCCUGGAGCGAGGAAGCCGCCAUCGUAUUCCGCAACCAUGUGGAGCGCCGGCCACUAGUGGCGCAGAUCCACUCUCUCCAACAGGGGGCGCAGCCAUGGGAGAGGAAACUGUCUGUUUACCUGGUGGACACGUCACAGGACGACAGUGACGUCUGGAUCCAUGACAUCAUGACCGAGUUCACGGGCAAAACCAACAGCGACAUAUGAUUCAUCAAGGUUUAUACGGACUACGGCUGUGUCCCAAACUGCUGUGAGGUUCAGGAUGCAGCCCAGAUACUCGCAUGGUCCAGAGCUUUUGGAUGGUUCAGUGCCUGCAUGUAUGCGCUUAGAAUCGUAAUCUCAACAUGUUGUAAGUGCUCUUAUUGUUUGGGGUAGAAUGUGAUUUUGUGAAUCACGUGAGCUGUUCUAAUUAGAACGGUUCUAGGGCUGCAUCCCAAACCACAUGCAACUGUAUGAGCUCAUGUCACAAUACCAAAUACUAAGGAAGUUUCACUGACGACAAUAAAAAUAAGUAACUGUCAAAAUAUACAGAAUACAAUUUUUUUUUUUUUUAACCUUUUGACAUAUUUUCCAGACCAGGGAGCACAGUGUUUUCAACUAAACAAUGCUUCCUAGUUAGAGGUUCUGUGACUUUAUUCCUGCCGGUUCUUCACUUCUGUCUGUAAAUAUGUUUUCAGCUUAUUGACUGACUUUCUUUGACCGUAAAGAGAAAUAAAUUUGGCUCUGAACUGUUCUCUGUUCCUCUGUCACUCAAUUUUUCUCUUUCUCCAUUUGGAGUGAGUUUUGUGGUGAUUGUGUUUUGCUUGUUUGUUGGUUUUUUUUCUUUGUGUGUGUGUGUGUGUGUGUGUG